AUGCCUCAAGAGCUCAACUCGGUUAUUCAACCAUGCAAUAAUUUAACACCCGAAGUCGGUGAAAACGUCGACCUAGGUUCGCUCAAGUGUCCUACCUCUGAUGCAGUGAUCUAUGAUCAAAAGAGAGUUGCCGGGGGUAACAGAUCACAUAAGAAAAAAGGAAUGGAUGAACUCAAGCACGAAUUAUUCAAUCCCCCUUUGGAAUCAGAUACAAUGCCUGAACUCGAGAAACUUUACUCCUCACACUUUACACCUUCUCUGAAAGAUCCAUUAUAUCACAAAAAUAACCACUCUGUGACUGUCUUCAGUAAUACAGAUACUUUGAACCCAUCCCACCCAACACAUACAAAAUUUACUACUUGGCAUAAGCCAGUAUGUCACCUUAUACCAGCUCCACUAAAAUGCCGAAAAUACAGUAUAAGCUAA